AUGUCGAGGCUUAACGUUAGAUUUUUUAUUUUUGCGCAUUAUCGACGUCUUAAAACGGACGUUGGACCCUUUGGAAUUGAUGGACUAUCCUUUACAAAUUUGGACUUUAAAGACUUUCUUGAUCAGUUUGCUUUAAAGCCAAAAAUUCAGAAUAGUGAAAAGGAUCACGAAGGGCCAACCUCUCUAGAACAACCAUACGAACCAAUCAUACUUGAGUAA